AUGGUUCAGCGCGUUACCCUCCGGACUCGCAAGAGCUACUCGACCAAGUCGAACGGCAAGCGCAUCGUCAAGACCCCGGGCGGCAAGCUCCGUUACCUCACGGUCAAGAAGACGGCGGCGGCGCCCAAGUGCGGUGACUGCCACAUCGCCCUCCCCGGUGUCCCGGCCCUCCGCCCGCGCGAGUACGCCCAGAUCUCGAAGAGGCAGAAGACGGUCCAGCGCGCGUACGGUGGCUCGCGCUGCGCGACCUGCGUCCGCGACCGCAUUGUCCGCGCGUUCCUGGUCGAGGAGGCCAAGAUCGUCAAGCGCGUCAUUGCCCAGCAGACCAAGGGCGGCAAGAAGUAA